CUGCUCUCCUUUUCUUCUUUUCGCUUCCAUGCUGUGACUCAUGGGUAUUGCUGCACUCGAGUGUGGCCUUUUUCCUGCCUGUAUUUGCCAUGGGUAGAAAAGACAAAGGAAUGAGUUCAUAUACGGCGGACGGCUUCAAUGCCGUUGUGGCCUCUGACAAUGGUAAUGUAUAUGCGGUGAUGCUUUCAGAGAUGAUUUCGAACAUGUUCAAAGAAGGCAUGUGGUUCAAGGAUCCAAUUGCAGUUGGCAACAUGAUGACGCUGAACGGCCUUACUCGGGCUUUGGUAGGUGUUUCCUGCGGCCGCUUGAUGAUCAACAGCAUUGGAAUUGAUGCUGUAUGGUUUGUCACCGGCAUUGUGGGUGCUCUUGGCCUUUUGGUCAAUGUGAUUUGCUUGUGCCAAGGGUCUGUUUUUGCCGCCUACGUUUUAAAUUUUACAUGGGCAGUGUACAAUGGCUUAUGGAACAGCUGCCUUGAAACUUCUUGGGCUCGGUCCAUCUUCAGAAGUAAAAGAGAAGAUAUCAAUGGCGCACGCCAAAUUACGAACAAGGUCACAACUUCCCUUGGACCACUUUUUUCCGCCGCGAUCUUCCUUUCCUAUGGCAAUCACUGGGAUGUUGGCCUUGUACAAAAUGUCAUGCUCUUCGGAACUGGUAUGACCUCAGUAGUUGUUGCUUUGUGCUUUUUCUUUCGCAGCACUCAAGAGAUAGAGCAGGACUUACCGUUGCAGGAUAUUCAAAGCAUGGAGUUCUUUUGCGCUUCAAAUUCAAGCGAGGCUGAGAUCUUAACGUUCGAACCGGACGCCAUGUGCCAAACAGACUUCAUGGCCGAUGAUGACGGCAAUGUUGUGUUGACUUGCCCGUUGGGAGGAAACUCAGAAUCCUGGGCUUCUCGAAUUCGAAUUCUGACGUCUGAUUACAAGGAGACGCAUUUCAUCCUUGCCAAACAGUUCCGGGCUUCUUUGAAAGGAGUUGAAGGUCAAAGUUGUUUGCUUUGGUUUCGAGAUGCUGCCCGGCCCUGCCUGCCAGUACAGAUUGAGGAACUGCAGAUUUACUUGAAGCAGGUUGGCGAGGACUUGGACGAAGUUCCCAGAGUCAAUGGAGCAAGGAGCACCAUAAGGUUUAGCAUUGAUCCUGACGCACUUCAUCCACCACAGCAUUUUUCUUUGCGGAGGUUCUGGAGGAGCAUCCUCCUUGGCAGCAACAGCCAGGUGUUGCCACAAGAAGGCUUGAGCAAGGCCCUUCUCCGCACUCAGGAGCGUGAAGGAUCUGAGGACCAGCUUCCUUCGAAAGGGAAGACUGCUACAGACAUUUUAGUUCACAAUACAAGCGCAACACGUCCACCAAACAUGCUUGGUGCCAAUGUGAUUGUUGUUUGCGACGUGCUGAAUGCCUUGGGUGCUGGUUUUUCACUCAAGUUUAUCGACCUCUUUUUGAAGGUAGACUAUGGAGUCUCUCCAGCAGGAGUGUUCCUGGUUGGAUUUUUGCAAAACAUUAUGGGCGCUUGGCUCACACCAGUGGCAAAGAAGCUUUUAGCACGCCUCAAGCAAGAGGGGUACAGAGCUAAAUUGGGAGUUGCCUUUCUUUGGAGCUUGGCCUUGCUAUUCCUUGGACUGAUUUGUGUACCAGGAAUGCCUCUUUGGAUUGUAAUUCCCUCCAUCGUCCUCAUGCAGUCCUUGAACUCUUGCACUCGUGCGUUCAAUCGGGCGCAGCUGAUCAACUUCCUUCCGCGCGACAAGAUUGCCACAUAUAUGACUUGGGAUGCAUUGAACAAGGCCAACCAAGGUGGAAUUGCAAUUUUUGGAGCCCAGGUAGUCGCAGCGGCUGGCUACCGUGGGUGCUUCCUUGGGACUUUCACUAUUCUUUUCAUUCGAAUGCUCAUUUAUUUGGUUUUUACGUUGAGGAAAGGUACUGUUUACAGAGGCGGGCUACAAACUCUUCAACUGGAAAACUACUUUGAACAUCUUGGAACCAUUCCUUGCAGGAUUUGA